AUGCGGUGCCUGAACAUGAUCAUGGCAGAAUCACCGGGCCUCGUCACCAUCUGCCUUUUAGGAUAUCUACUCAGUGCUGAAUGUACAGUUUUUCUUGAUCGUGAAAAUGCCACCAAAAUUCUGAAUCGGCCAAAGAGGUAUAAUUCAGGUAAAUUGGAAGAGUUUGUUCGAGGGAACCUUGAGAGAGAAUGUAUAGAAGAAAAGUGUAGUUUUGAAGAAGCACGAGAAGUUUUUGAAAACACUGAGAAAACUACUGAAUUUUGGAAGCAGUAUGUUGAUGGAGAUCAGUGUGAGUCCAAUCCAUGUUUAAAUGGUGGCCUGUGCAAGGAUGACAUUAAUUCCUAUGAAUGUUGGUGUCAAGUUGGAUUUGAAGGAAAAAACUGUGAAUUAGAUGCGACAUGCAGCAUUAAGAAUGGCAGAUGCAAGCAGUUUUGUAAAAAGGGCGCUGAUAACAAGGUGGUUUGUUCCUGUACUGCCGGAUACCGACUUGCAGAAGACCAAAAGUCCUGCGAACCAGCAGUGCCAUUUCCCUGUGGAAGAGUUUCUGUCUCAAACACUCGUAUGAAGUUCACCCGUGCUGAGACUAUUUUUUCCAAUAUGGACUAUGAAAAUUCUACUGAAGCUGAAAUAAUUUUCGAUAACAUCAUUCAAAGCAACCAAUCAUCCAAUGAUGUCACUCGCAUUGUUGGUGGAGAAGACGCCAUACGAGGUCAAUUCCCUUGGCAGGUCCUUUUGAGUGAUGAAAUUGAUGGGUUCUGUGGAGGUUCCAUCAUUAAUGAAAAAUGGGUUGUAACUGCAGCCCACUGUCUCAAACCUGGUGUUAAAAUUACUGUUGUCGCAGGUGAGCAUAACACCGAGGAGACGGAACCUACAGAGCAAAAGCGAAACGUGAUCCGUGCUAUUCCUCACCACAGCUACAACGCAUCUGUUAAUAAGUACAGCCAUGACAUUGCCCUUCUGGAACUGGAUGAACCCUUGAUGCUAAAUAGCUACGUAACCCCUAUUUGCAUUGCUGACAGGGAAUACACGAACAUCUUCCUCAAAUUUGGAUAUGGUUAUGUGAGUGGCUGGGGGAGAGUCUUCAACAGAGGGAGAUCGGCUUCAAUUCUUCAGUACCUGAAAGUUCCACUUGUUGACCGAGCUACAUGCCUUCGAUCCACAAAGUUCACCAUCUAUAAUCACAUGUUCUGUGCCGGCUUCCAUGAGGGAGGUAAAGAUUCAUGCCAAGGAGACAGUGGGGGACCCCAUGUUACCGAAGUGGAAGGUACCAGUUUCUUAACUGGAAUUAUUAGCUGGGGCGAAGAGUGUGCAGUGAAAGGAAAAUAUGGAAUAUAUACCAAGGUAUCCCGGUAUGUCAACUGGAUCAAGGAAAAAACAAAGCUCACUUAA